AUGGAUGCGGUGAACGACGACGAGAUGCGCAAGAUUCAAGCCGGCACGCAUAUCCUGUGCGGCCACCUGCGUCCUGACGCUUCUUUCUGCACUUCCGUUCACGGCAGAAACAUCAAUCCCAACAACAAGUCUUCCCAGGGUCGCCGUCAAACAGAUGCUGGACAAGAUCCCCUCGGAUCCCAAAGAACGGGACGACAUGCACAACCCGGACAAGAUGGUCGUCAAGAACCACGCACCGUGGAAUCCCAACGUCUUCCUCAAUUGAUGCAUCACGACCAGUGCCGUCCUCUAGACCUUUUCUAUCGACUACAUCUUCGACAAAACAUUCAGAAAGAAGCAGAUCGGCAACGCAUUCCCACCCAUGGUCGUCACAAAAACAAGAUCCAUAAAACCGAUUCAACCUACCAGGCCAAGAACAAGAGCUCGACCGAGGGCCUCUGGACCUGCAAAGAAGGCGAUUGCACCGGCGACUUCGAAACCGCUAACUACUUGUCAUGGUUGAACCACAAGCGCUCCCAGCAUGGCCAGAACCGCACGUUCCCCGAGGACCAGCAGGAGCGUGCCGUUGAGGCAUCCUCGUCGGUCGACUUCCGCUGCAACAUCAACUAUGAUGUCUUCCGAUUUAUGCAAGACAACAACAUGGCCUAUGGGUUCAACAUGGCCAUUCUUGACGAUGCCCGAUAUUUUCCUUCCCCUUGUCGGUCCCUUCGGUCGGUCCUGGGUUCCUUGUCCUAUACAGUGCCUUUGUCUCGUGACUGUUUUAGCCUCGAGUGGAGCAUAAACCAUGAGGGCCAUGACAAACACUGCAACCAUUAUUCCAUGGGACACGUGUCGGUCUUCAGUCAAGAGCUUCUGAACCCCAUUCAGAAAUAUGGCAACAGUGGUGCGGGCAGAAAGACCUUUAAGAAACUCCGGCUCUUGACCAACCGAAUCAUGUUGCGUCGACUAAAGAAGGACCAUACCGACUCCAUGGAGCUCCCGUCAAGGAGAUCUACGUUGAUCAAGCUCUCGCAAAACGGCCAAGGCCACUCUGUGGACAAGGCCUCUACCGACGGUGCGAUGCAUCUAAAGAUCGCCAGCGGUCUCUCAGACGGCCAUACGCUAUGA